AUGGGUGACAGAGGUCCAGAAGACACUACAAUCGAACAACCACCUGGAACGUCAAGCCCAACAGAGACUUCGCCCUCCCCUCCAAAACCACCAAAACUCAACAAGCGACGGAAGUCGAAGAAGCUUUCAAGUCCACCAUUAGAAAAAGUGGAUUCACCACAGGGAGACCAGCAAGGACCUGGAGAGAGUCCACCUACAGAUCCAACAGCAGCCCCAGCGGAUCAAGGUGGUGAUCAAAGCAAUUCUCAAGAACAACCACAAGAUACGGGAUCAAAGAUGACCGACGCAGUAGGAGAUGUCGGCAACUUGACAAAGGGCGUCGGCGACAAGGCCGGCGGCGUCAAGGACACCGUCAAGGAGAUUACCACUGGUGGUAUGAACAUGAACAUCGACGAUCCGGAUUUGCAGUGGGAGACGCCGGAGAAGAGCGGUAGCUUGCAGAUUCGAGUCCGACUCAAUUUGCGUGCAAAAGUGCAGCUUAAUCUUGAUGCGAGAGUUAAGGGUGAGGUUGUUAUAGGGCUUUUGUGAAAUUGUUGGUCGGUUUCAAUGCUAUCGAAAC